AUGUGCCUGACAACACGGUGGCAAGUAUAAAAUCAGUUGUGAGUAGGUGAUAAAUCUAAAAUGCCACCUAAAAAGGAUACGAAAGGUGGAAAGGAUAACGCAAAAGGUGGCAAGAAACCAGCUGCAGAGGAAAAAGGUGCCGGCAAAGAAAAGAAAGGCGGCAAUGCGGUGAAGGUGCGACACAUUCUCUGUGAGAAGCAGGGCAAGAUUAUGGAGGCAAUGGAAAAGUUAAAAGCCGGUCAGAAAUUUCCUGAAGUGGCAGCAGCCUACAGUGAAGACAAAGCACGUCAGGGUGGCGACUUAGGCUGGCAAAUACGCGGAGCAAUGGUUGGCCCCUUCCAGGACGCAGCUUUCGCUCUGCCCAUAUCCACGGUCAAUAACCCCGUUUACACAGAUCCGCCGAUAAAGACGAAAUUCGGCUAUCACAUAAUCAUGGUCGAGGGAAAGAAAUAAAUGGUGAUUUUACAAAUAUUUAUUGUGAACAUAUUUUUUUUUAUA